AUGGCCCCUCCAGCAAAGAAGCCUUCUGCGCCAGCACUCCAGGCGGAGGUUGCUCUUCUCCACACACUGAAGAACUGCCUGGUUAAUUUGCCAUCUUCGCUGGUCGCCGUCCUUGUCAACGCCAACACUGUAGCGCAAAAUGUCGUUGUCGAACUUAGCUACCGACAGCCAGCACCGCCCAGCAGCGCAAGUAAUGGCAACGCCAUAGCGACCAGUCAGAAGUCCAUAUUUAUAGGAUGGACUGGUAUGCAGAGCAAGAGCAAGCUGGCGUCAAUAGUUGGAAGAGACGGCUUGAGCGGUAGCCGAGGGGCAACUGCUGGAAGAGAGCAGAAUGUGCCUGUGGUGGAGCUUGAUGCAACAUUCGCCCGGUUGUUGGGCAUAACUGAGGGCCAGAAGGUUGGAGUUAUCCUGCACCUUGACCCGCCCCAAGCGCACACCGUAAACAUCGAGCCGUUAACAUUCACAGACUGGGAGAUGAUUGAGCUCCAUGCUCAGUUCUUAGAACUCAACUUCCUCUCGCAGGUUCGCGCAUUACCAAACCCAGCCUUCAACCAGUCCUCCGACGCCCACCGACAAGCGCCGCAUCCACUUACGAUUCACCUGUCCCCAACAUCAACCGCAAACAUCGCCGUGACAUCCCUCACGCCAGCUCCGCCGUCAUCAUCUCCCUUUGUGAAGAUAUCCCCAGGCGCCGAGGUUAUUGUGGCACCAAAGACACGCCAACGAGCGGAGCGAAGUUCUGGGCGAGAGAGUCGGAGCGUAGCGAGCACUAGUCGAAGAAGCGUCGGCGGCAAGAGCGCUGCAAGCACCGUACGGCGGAAAAGCGGCCGAAGCGAAGAGUCUCGCGGCGCAGUAUUCCUUCGAGGUGUUGAUCGAGCCGUUGGUGGAGAAUGGUUCGAGGACGACGAGAACACGCGCAACAACGGACUUACCGUGUGGGUGGAUCAAGAUGUCCUGCUUACGAAGGCUCUCCGAGGUGCAACUUGGGUAUCCGUUGCCAUCAUCAGGCCGGCAGGUUUGCAAGAGCCGGUAGACCCGCAAAAGGAGACAGAAAUGGAGAAACCCGCAGUGAAGGUAGUAGCUCGCAUAGGGGCUUGGGAAGAUGCACCUGACAGUCAUCACGUUGCGCUCUCGAGUAUGCUUUGUAAGGUCCUUGGAUUUGACGGGUUCGUUGGCGGUCUGGUUCGCCUGGAAGGUGCGCCGCCUCAGGCACCUAAACCGAGAUCCAUCGCGGCGAGCUCCGAUCACCAUAAGGAUGCAGGUGUCAAGGGUUUGAGGAUCUUCCCUUUCUCAGCUCCUGAUUCGCAGAGCAACGCUGGCCUAAAAUUCGGCGGAGAAUUCAAGCAGCAGCAAGAGCAAGCAGGGCAAUUGAUACGAUCUCAGUACGGAAAGGGCCCGGAAGGCAACGAACUACUUGAUGGACCUUUGACAGACGGGAUGGUACUGCCUCCUGCCGAAAAAGCAGACCAACCAUGGCCAGGCGGGAUCAUCAGGUUUGAUCCGAUACAGCCCCAGCCGAAAGAGGGUACUAAAGCACCUCCUUGCUGGAUACUAGGUUCUGAGCGGAAACUUAACAUCAAGGUGGAGGCUGAGAUAGCAAGGUCUUCGCCGAACGGCUGGUCACCGGGAGAACCCUUGCCGCCCACAGCUCCGGUGAUGGUGGGCAUCGAUCCGCUCAUAUCUCAGCUACUGUCGCACAUCUCCCACUCGUCCUCGGUGCUGUUGACAGGAGGGCUUGGAGCCGGCAAAUCUUCAUUGACGCAUCUCCUCGCCCAUCGCCUCCGUAAAGAGUUCCUCUUCCACACCGUCUACUUCCCAUGUCGGACGCUUGUGACGGACGAGACUCGCGUGUCCACCAUCAAAGAAACGCUGAACAGGUUGUUUGCGUCGGCUUCCUGGGGCGCUCGCUGUGGAGGACGAGCUGUCGUCAUCCUAGACGACCUUGACACACUCUGCCCAGCUGAGACCGAGCUGCAGGUUGGCAACGAGAACGGGCGAAGUCGACACAUCAGCGAGUGCAUUUGCUCGACUGUGAGACAAUACUGUUCUACGGACUCUGGCGUCGUGCUGCUAGCGACAGCGCAAAGCAAGGAAGCCCUCAACAACGUCAUCAUCGGAGGCCACGUCGUUCGAGAGAUCGUGGCACUCAAAGCUCCGAACAAAGAGGGCCGAAGAAGAGUGCUGGAGAAGCUUGUGCAUUCUAAUAGCGGCGUUUCAAAUGCAAAGACGGAACCAAAAGUAUCGCACUCACGAGACUCAAGCAGUUCAGACGACCACACUUGGCACCACGGCGCGAGCUCAGGCAGCAGACCGAGUACUUCUCAUCAGCACCCCCAAGCCAUCGGCUUCACCAUCGACCCAAACGUAGACUUCCUCGACCUCGCCGGCCAAACAGACGGCUACAUGCCCGGCGACCUCGUACUCCUGACCUCUCGCGCCCGCAGCGAAGUCCUGAUCCGUACCGUCAGCUCCACCGCCACUUCAUCAUCCCCCACCCUCAGCCUCACGCGCGACGAUUUUACCAACGCCCUCAAGGGCUUCACUCCCGCCUCUCUCCGAAACGUGACCCUCCAGUCCUCGACCACGCGCUGGGACAGCAUCGGCGGGCUCCACUCGACCCGCAAAACGCUCCUCGAAACGCUCCAAUAUCCGACUACCUACGCCCCAAUCUUCGCGCACUGCCCCCUACGCCUCCGCUCCGGUCUCCUGCUCUACGGCUACCCAGGCUGCGGCAAGACGCUCCUCGCGUCCGCCGUAGCAGGCGAAUGCGGGCUCAACUUCAUCUCCGUCAAGGGCCCCGAGAUCCUGAACAAGUACAUCGGCGCGUCCGAGAAGAGCGUGCGGGACCUCUUCGAGCGGGCCGAGGCGGCUAGGCCAUGCGUGCUCUUCUUCGACGAGUUCGACAGCAUCGCGCCGAAGCGUGGGCACGAUAGCACGGGCGUGACGGAUCGAGUGGUUAAUCAGCUGCUUACGCAGAUGGAUGGCGCCGAGGGGCUGAGCGGCGUGUAUGUGCUUGCAGCGACGAGUCGGCCGGAUUUGAUCGAUCCGGCGCUGCUGAGGCCGGGGAGGUUGGAUAAGAGUCUUAUUUGUGACCUUCCGGGACUGAAAGAACGGGUUGAUAUUCUCAGGGCUGUGACGAGGAAGUUGAGGGUUGCGGAGAGUGUUUUGAGGACGGAGGAUGAGGCACGCGGCCAGAAUGUGUGGGAUAUUGCGCGCAGGACUGAGGGCUACUCGGGCGCUGAUUUGCAGGCCGUCGUCUAUAAUGCGCAGCUGGAGGCUAUUCACGAUGUCCUGGGCGAUGCUGCUGAAGACAUGCUCGGAAAAGGACAGGGCAAGAUGGAUGGUGUGGCGAAUGGUUUGAAUUCUUCGAAGCCGCCACCUGACUUCAUCCACUUCCGUUUCGGCGAGACUGGCGCAGAGCAAGACUCAACAGCUCCAACGAGCUCGGCGGCACUGACAGAGCGCGCGGCUAUCGCGGCGAAGUUGAGCGAGAUGCAGGCACAGCGGCGGAAGGUAAAGGAACAGCGGCACCCUCCGUCUUCACGAGACGGUCUGAAUGAGGACCCAGCCGUCAAGGCAGAGUCAAAAGAGCCGGUCAUCCAGUGGCGCCACAUCCUCAAGUCGCUCGAGACGACGCGGAGGUCCAUCAGUCCGCAGGAGGCGAGGCGACUGGCGGAUAUUUACAGGGAGUUCUUGGUAGGCAGGAACGGGGAGAUGCCCAAUGGGGAGGCGAAUAAGGAGGUUGGUGGGCGGACGAGUUUGAUGUAG